GCCACCAUCUCUUUGCACUCUCACCUCAUCAUCUCACAUCUCCACAAGACACGCUCGCUAUCCCUCGCCUCUCGCGUCUCGUUUCCCAUGCUCCAGCUGCUCCAUGUCGACAGUCUUUACGCCCAGCUAUAACGCGGCGCCGCUGCCGUCCGCCGACGACCUGACGCUCCAGCUCCCGCGCAAGAAGCUGCGGCACACGCGCACGUCGACGGGGUGCAAGCAAUGCCGGGUUCACCGCGUCAAGUGCCCCGAGGGCCCCGUGACGAAAUCAGGCAAGAAGGUCACCUGCCGCCGGUGCUGGGAGACGGACAAGACAUGCUUUUAUCCUGUCAACGGGCGCGUGCAGCGCGGCAAGCUCUCCCAGGAGCCGUGGGAGCUCGCGCUUGUCGUCGACCAGUGGCCUGGCGACCCAGACCUUAUCGCGCCCAACCAGAGCGACAACGUCGUCAAGGCCAUGGAGGAGAUGCGCGCGCGUAAAGGCAGCGCGAGCAGCGGCGGGGCCGAAGCGAGCCCCGACGAGGGGCCAGAGCGCAAGCGGCGCAAGUCGGGCUCAAAGCGCGAGGCUGAUAACGCCGGCGCCAGCGCCGCGGGGUCCGUGCCCUCGGCGGCCGAGAUGCUCGACACGGCAGCGGCAGCAGCAGCAGCACUCGGAGACGACAUCAUCGAGCUCACGCGGGAUAGCGCGACCUCGGCGCCAGCGCCAGCAGGGCAGGCGCAGGCAUCUGCUCUCGCCAUCGACUUCUCGGCCGACUCGAGCGCGGCGAAUAUAGCAGCUGCGCUUGCGGGCCUCACGUCCGGCGGCGGUGCAGUGACGAUCGCGCCGAGAGAUCUCCAACUCGGACCAGCGAGGCCAACCACCGCGGCUGGCGGCGCAGCCCCAACGCCGUCCUUGUCCGCAGGAGCCGAUCUCGCGUCGUGGCUCUCGAGCUCGCAGGUCCAGAGCAUCAUCAACCCGCCCGCGCCGACGUCAGCACUGGCACAGUUCACGCUCGCGUCGCUCUCCGAGUGUCCCGUCGACCGCUCGGUCGUGUCCUACUUCGAGGACAAGGGGCACAACGAGAUUGUCGCCGUGACGAAGAGCACGCAUAACUGGAUCUUUGCCGAGCUCUUCCCGCGCCUGUUCACGACGCUCUUCUCGACGCCGGACGGCGACUUUGGCGCGGCCGUCCGCGAGUUCCUCCACUCGUGCCUCCUCCACCUGGCGUACGUCCACAAGGGCAACGUGGAGAAGAACGAGGCAAAGUCGUGGUACUGGAAGAGUGAGGCGACAAAGUACCGCCAGAAAGCGAGCUAUGCCAGUCUCAAGGCGAGGGUCAUGUUCGAGGGGCCGCAGUGGAAGACGGAGGAGUAUUUACCUAGGAUGGGCUUCUUUGUCAGAUGUAUCGCCGACAUGCUCGCAGCGGGCAGCCUCCAAAUCGACACCAACACGGCCUUCACGCUCCCCCCAACCGUCGCGUCGACCUUCUACCCGGGCCUGCACGACCUGCUGGCAAUCUACAGCAUAUUCCAGUACGCGUGCUCGCCGCUCGAGGUGAUGAAGGUGUCCAAGCCCGUGCUGGCGCUCGACGCGACGGGGCACCACCUCGUCGACAAGUUUUUUGGGUUUACGCGCCGCAUCGCAAACAUGGUGGGCGAUAUCAGCGCCAUGGCCGUCCAGCGCUGGGUCAUGGCCCGCACGGGUGUCGAGGGGACCAACGCCCCGCCAGAGAUGCUCCUCAAGGCGCAGGCGAGUCGCCUGGCCACGGACCUCUGCGAUACGUGGGACUGGGACGAGACACAUAUCGACCAUGGGCUGUCGGACCGAAUCCAGCGGGGGAACGAGGUGAUGCGCGCAGCCCUCACAUUCCUCCUCCUCGUCGAGGUCCUCUCCGUCGACCUAGCCGACGCGCGCCUCACCCGCGCGCGCAAGCGCGCCCUCGAGCUCGUGGCAGACUGCGAGCCCUCCACGAUGCCCGGGUUCCAGUGGGCGCUGACCGUGAUCGCAGUGUACACUGCAGGCGCGGACGAGCGCGCCGAGCUGCAGAACCUGAUCCGCCUGGCGCUGCACACGUCGUUUGGCGCACACUAUAAUGGCUCGGACGAGGUGCUGGCCCUAAGCUGGGGCGUGUAUGACAAGAAUGGGCAUUACGAGGACAGCAUCGCGCCGUGGCGCGAGGUCAUGGCGGCGUGUGGGCGGAAUCUGUGGAUCUAGUCGCGCGGGCGAGGUCACGCAGUGGCCGAGGCGAGGGGAUGAGGUGCGAUUAAUAGGGUGUCGACACCGACGUACGUCGACACCGCUCCUGUACGAUAGCUAGCUGUUACACUGUUGCAUGAAUUAGGU